CUGCGUAACGUCUCCUCCCCGCGACCGCUACAUUCUGCGCCGAAACCCAGUCUCUCCCGGUCCGGAUUUUAACUUCUUCCCACAGACCUAGGUUUACCUCGUUGGGUACCGAGAGACGGUUUGGACUGCUGGGAUCACGGAUUGAGGACGAUUUUGAACGGAUGACGACUCCUUCAACGAGAAUUUAGUAAAAGAAAAUCAGUCGAAAAAUUCAGAAUAUGUGGAAGGGAUCCUAAUUUCAGCAUCCUGGAAGUAGAAAGCACAGAAGACCUGUGUCUCACUCCACAGUCAGGUGCGGUGUGUAGCCGGAGCACCACAGAGGAAGGAAGGUCUGGGGAGGAGGCGGAGCGGCAGCGUGCCUCUCCGGCUGUGGAUGUGCUGGGUGGCAACCCCCAGGCUGCACAGAAUGUGGCUGGGGAGUCACCUCGGCUUGCCCCGCAGCCGGUCGCAGCUGCCCCCCGCCCAGUCCCUUCGUUCACAAACCCCUUUACCGUGCCACUGCCGGACAACAGCAACUCUUUGUUCCCCAGCAUGGAGACCACCCUUCCCGGGACUCUGCCGAGAGGCGACUUCAAGAACACCAUUUCACAAGAGGUCUGUGCUGAGGAGAGCGUCGCUGCAGAUGCAAGAUCUUUGCCAACGUCCCUCACAGAGGACUGCAGCUCCUCUGCUGAGGAGCAAAGACUUCCAGCUCGUCCUCUCACAUCGCAGGUUGACGGCACAAUCCAAGAGCUUCAAUACGGGUCACAAACUGUUAAAGAAAAAAGCAACUCAAAUAGUCAGGCUAAGCAGAUUCAGCCAGCUCAAAGUGCUGGACCUGUUGUUAUUACAAAGGAGAAACAGUCCAUCACCUUGGAAUAUAAAACAGGAACAAACGUGGAGCUUUGUGGAAGAAUUCCAUGUGUCCACACAAGUCAGAGCAGCCAUAAACCUCCACCAAGCGCUGCAGAGUCAGCAGGUCAUCAACAGGACUCAAAGUCUGCACUCCCUCCUUUUCCCGCUGAUAAUACAGACAAUAAACAAACUGACCAGUCAAAAACACAACCUAAAACUGUCAGAGAGAUCUCAGACGAAGCUACGGAAACACAGAAAGCAAACUCUUCGGAAUCAGUUGAGACCUUUAAGUAUGUUGAGAAACAACCUCAUACGGCUAAAAUACCUGAGGCCUCAAAGGCUACAGAGUCUUCACACGGAUUAUACUCUUCUAGAAAAGAAAGCUCGGUGUCCACCUGCAGCCCCCUCAACACAGAACAAGCAGGGGCGACGCAGAGAAGCGACGCAAAGAAUGAACAAACUGACACCACUGCCUCCUCAUCUGACUUCAAAAUGCUGCCAGGGUUCUCCUCUUCCAAGGAGAGCCCCUCGAAUCCUGUUAAGGGGUCCUCUCUGCCUGACCCAAACCUGCUAGUUUCACUGCAGGCAGGAACAUCUCAUACCUCACAUCAGGUCCCCUCAACAAAGACGUCUCUGAUUGCUGAGAUCAUGCACUCUGGCGACGCUCAAGAAAUCGUGGUUGUGCGGGAGGAAGCGCACAUCAGCGGAGGAUGGUCCAACAUGCACCUGAAUCAGAAUUACCUCCUGCAGAGAGAAGACGGCAGCGUCUGCAGAGCUGCUAUUGUUAACGAACUGUCGACCGGGGAGCCCAAGCUGUACGAAGGAAGUGUGCAGGCGGGCAUGGAGCUCGACUCGCAGCCGGUGGAGGUGUAUGAGUUCUGUGGCCUGGUGGAGGAGGUCGCUGAGGAGACAGUGUGUGUUGGCAGCAGUGUGCAGAUACCUCACUCUCCRGGAUACGAGGUGAACCUUUUCAACGCGUUACUGGAAAACGCAGACGAAGACUUCGAGCCGUCUAUUCACACAGUUAACGAAAACGAAACCAUCAUAAUUUCCCAGCAGUCUUUGCCUUCAUCUAGUGAUGAUAACAUGUCCAUAGAAAACACAGGAGUGGCUGCAGUUGGACACCAUUUAGUCUUAAACCCAAACCAAGCUAUUGAAAUGGCACACUCUAGAGAGGUUUGUUUAGUUCAAGUUGCUGCUGUCACAUCUGACUCAUUCACUGUUGAACAGACAGACACUACUACACAAACUGGGCCACAUUGUUCACAAGUCAAUGCAGCGCAGUCAGACUUGACAGAGGUGAGCGGUUCUGCUGCAGUCCAAACGGUUUCUCCAAAACAGAAAGCAGAAGCAACAGCUGGCUCAUUAGCUCUUUUAUCUCCACUGGUCGCCGGUGAGGACGCGGUGAUGCAGUCGUCCACUGCUGUUUCCUUACACAUUUCUACAUGUGUAGAAAAUCAGACCCCAGGGUUCACUGUUGUAAGUGCCAUCAAGCCUGAGGUCUGUUCUAAUGACGGAACCAAAGUUUCUCCUUUGACUCCAUCGCAGUGUAUUCAGAAAGCUGCUGUGGCCACAAAAAGAAAACCAGGAGCGCCCUGCGCCACUUAUUCCCCCGGUCUUAUAAAUCCAAACCUGCUGCUGCUUAAACCAGGAGAAACUCCUCUCCUGAAACAUCCUUCCUCCCUUUUGGCAAAGGUGUCCAGGCACCAGAAUGUGGACAGCAAGCUGGCCAAUGCCCACAGCUCUUUGUCUGGCACAGUGUCUGAGGAGUGCCUUCAACAAACAGUCUCAGCAGCAGACUCUCUAUCUGCAGCUCCGAGCAGCCGGAAAGAUCAGUGCUCCGUCGAUGAAACGUCAGCUUCUGUAGAAGACCAGCAGCCUGCGUCGAGUGCACCAGUCACACCCGCAGCUUCGACGAGCAACUCCGAGGCCUUAACCUUUGUUGAAACKCCAACAAACGAGGAAAAUCCCUCACCUCAAAGUCUGGAAACGCCCCCUGAAGCCACCUCGCCCGCUGGUCCUGACGCCCUUCGCACUCUCCCUGCAUCAGAGGAGAAGGAAGAAGAAGAAGCUGUGACUUCACCCGCCAAUCCCAACAAUGCCAACAGUUACCCCGACGAUGCAGAGGAGGAGAGCGACGACUCGGAGCAGGACGAACCGAUGGGAGAAGGCGAGGUCCACGAGGYGAUGUCAGGACAGGUUAGCAGUCCUGAAGAAGACAGCGAUGACGAUCCCGACCCUGRCAAAGACGACAUGACCACUCCCAGCUCUUCACACAAGCAUGGACAGAGCAGGACAGACAGACAGGCACUGUUUCUUAAGGUGCGCCAGUGGAUCUCUGAUCGAGUCACAGUCAAUUCCUCUCCCGCCUCGCCCUCCACCUCCUCGUCCACCUCUGACUGGACAACUCGUCGACGGGACAAAGUCUCGCCCCUCAGAGGUCCACACGGCAAGUUUGUUUCUCCUUCCGCUCUGAGUUCCUCGUCCCCACCAGACCAGGGCUCGUCUCACCGGUCUCGUGGUGAACGUCACACAGACAUGGCAGAGCUGGCGAAACAUGAAGCAGAGAUCGAGCAUCGAACCCAUGCUCUGAAGCGAGAUGGUUUCUGGUCAAUGAAGCGUCUCACUCGUCUAACGGAGCCGCCGCGGCCCAAAGUUCACUGGGAUUACCUGUGUGAGGAGAUGCAGUGGCUCUCUGCUGAUUUUGCUCAAGAAAGACGGUGGAAGAGAGGAGUGGCCAGGAAGGUGGUUCGUAUGGUGAUGCGGCACCAUGACGACCUGAGGCAAAAAGAAGAAAAAGCCAAACGAGACGAGCACGCCAAAAUCAGACGAGUUGCCUCUUCGAUUGCGAAGGAAGUCCGGGCGUUCUGGAGCAACGUUGAGAAGGUGGUGCAGUUCAAGCAGCAGUCCAGACUGGAGGAAAAGAGGAAGAAGGCUUUGGACCUUCAGCUCGACUUCAUCGUGGGCCAAACCGAAAAGUACUCAGACCUCCUCAGCAAGUCACUAGCACCCGUCAAGCCUCUUGAGACCGCCRCUUCUCCCCAAAGAACUCUUCCCCCUCCCGUCGACGAAGAAGACCGAGACUUUGAGCCUCCUUGUGAGGAGGAGGAUGAUGAAGAGACCAUAGAGGUUGAGGAGCAGCAGGAGGGCAAUGAUGCAGAGAGUCAUCAGAGAGAGAUUGAGCUGCUGAAGGAAGAGGGCCUGCUGCCUCUGGACCAGCUGCUCAGCACGCUCAAACUGCCACCUCCAGAGGACUCUGGCUCCGAGGAGGAAUGCUCAAAUGAAUCAUCUUCAUCAGAGGAAGAGGAGGAGGAAGACAGAGAAUUCACRGCCAAUGAAGAAGAUGCUGAGGAUGAGGAGGACACCAUUGCAGCUCAGGAGAAGGUUGAAGGGAAUGUCAAUCAUGCUGAGGAACUGGAUGAUUUGGCCAAAGAAGGCGAUAUGAGUCUCGAAGAUCUCCUGGAGAAGUACAAAGGAGCGUAUGCGUCAGACUUCGAGGAUCCUUCUGCUUCUGGCUCCAAAGUGAGCUCUGAAUCRGAGGUGUCUGGGGAUGAAGAGGUGGAGAACGAAGAAGAUGAGAGCGACGUGGAAAGCAACACUUCUUCCUCAGUUUCUGCAGGAGACAGCGCAGAGGAUGAAGAGACUGAGAUUGAUGAAGAUGAUGAUGAUGAGUGUGGAGACGAAGGGAUGGAGCUUCUGCUGAAAGAGGGAGACCACAGCCCUCCUUCCUCCGGCUCACGGCCAAAGAAAGAGAUCAGCCAUAUUGCUGCGACAGCAGAGAGUCUGCAGCCUAAAGGCUACACUCUGGCUACGACCAAGGUAAAGACACCCAUCCCGUUCCUGCUUCACGGCACGUUACGAGAAUAYCAGCACAUCGGGCUGGACUGGCUGGUCACCAUGUACGAGAAAAAACUGAACGGGAUCCUCGCGGAUGAGAUGGGUCUGGGUAAAACCAUCCAGACUAUCGCUCUGUUAGCUCACCUGGCUUGUGAGAAAGGGAACUGGGGUCCUCAUCUCAUCAUUGUUCCCACCAGCGUGAUGCUAAACUGGGAGAUGGAGCUGAAGCGCUGGUGUCCAGGGUUUAAAAUCCUCACCUACUUUGGCAGUCAGAAGGAGAGAAAAUUAAAGAGACAGGGUUGGACGAAACCUAAUGCUUUCCACGUGUGCAUCACAUCGUACAAGCUGGUUCUGCAGGAUCACCAGGCCUUCAGACGGAAGUCGUGGCGUUAUCUGAUCCUCGACGAGGCUCAGAACAUCAAAAACUUCAAGUCCCAGCGCUGGCAGAGCCUGCUGAACUUUAACAGCCACCGGCGCCUGCUGCUGACAGGAACUCCUCUGCAGAACAGCCUGAUGGAGCUCUGGUCCCUCAUGCACUUCCUCAUGCCCCACGUCUUCCAGUCCCACCGCGAGUUCAAGGAGUGGUUCUCCAACCCGCUCACGGGGAUGAUCGAGGGCAGCCAGGAGUACAACGAGGGCCUGGUCAAGAGGCUCCACAAGGUGCUGAGGCCCUUCCUGCUCAGGAGGAUCAAGGUCGACGUGGAGAAGCAGAUGCCCAAGAAGUACGAGCACGUGGUGCGCUGCCGCCUCUCCAAGAGGCAGAGGUUCCUCUACGACGACUUCAUGGCACAAGCCUCAACUCGGGAAACACUGGCCAGUGGUCACUUCAUGUCUGUGAUUAACAUCCUCAUGCAGCUCCGUAAAGUGUGCAACCACCCCAACCUGUUUGACCCACGGCCCAUCCAGUCCCCCUUCAUCACGCAGCGCAUCGUCUUCCACACGGCCUCUCUGGCGCAGGAGGCUCUGGAGGUCCCUCCUCUGAAGCGUUGCGACCUUUCCAUGUUCGACCUCGUCGGUUUGGAGAGCCGUGUGUCUCGUUACCAGGCAGACGUGUUCCUGCCGCGUCACAAGGUCAGUCGCCAGCUGAUCCAGGAGAUUAUGGAGUCCCCAGAACCCCCUCCAAGACCCAAACCGAUCCGCAUGAAGGUCAACAGGAUGUUCCAGCCGCCUCCCAAAGGUGACAAUCGGUCCGUUCUGCUAAUGAACAAACCCACCUGCUCAGUUCCUCCUGCAGCUCAGACCCCCAAACCUCCUCCAGUCACUGAGGUCACCACACCUCCUCCUACUCCUCCUGCUCCUGCAGUUCAGCAAGUUGUGUGUUCGGUGGCCCCCACACCACCACCUCGCCCCCCGAUCAAUCCCACUCCUCAGACUGCAGUGAGAUCCAGCACUCCGAAACCAGUUCUGACUGUACGACCCCCUAUCGCUCCUGUUGCAGCCAGUGUUCCAGUUCACCAGAGUCCACACCCCAGCACCAUCAUGCCCCAGAGGGUUUUACUUAGUCCCGACAUGCAAGCAAGGCUGCCUUCUGGUGAGGUGGUGAGCAUCGCCCAGCUGGCUUCUUUGGCGGGCCGGCCGGUGUCGUCCUGUCAGGGCAGCAAACCCGUCACCUUCCAGCUUCAAGGGAACAAACUCACUCUGUCCGGAGCUCAGAUCCACCAAGUCCCAGCUGCGGCGCCACGUCCAGUACAAGGUAAUGUGAUGCACCUGGUUUCCGGUGGCAUCCAGCAUCACCUCAUCAGCCAGCCGGCCCAGUUGAGUGUUCAGACAACAACCAGCACACCUGCUGCUGCUCCCUUUGCAAACAAGCUGCCGCUCAGUUCCUCACCUCAAGUCCCCUCGCCCAUGGUGAACAGCCCCGGGGUGGUGAAGAUCGUCGUGCGUCAGUCAACAGGCAAGGAGGGUGGGCCUGUGCCCACGCUGGCUGUGGCUCCUUCCCCGCGCGUUGCUCCCCAGGCGCCAUCCCCCUCCCUGCAUCCCCACGCCAACACUACCCCUAUGAGGAGCACAGCUCCCAUACAGAUCGCCCCACGCACCCCCGGUCCUGCUACUGCCCACUACACCAUAGCUCCUGUGAGACACCCGAGCUCAACCCCAAACCAGCCCCAGACCCCGCAUCCUGUCCUCAAAGUAGUUCAGCAGCCUCCACCCAGCACCGAGCAGCCAGCUCAGGCAACUUCCUCGCCGUCUGUGUCCAAAUCUUCAGUGGCACCACGGGACAGCAGCAGCACUCAAACACCCGUUUCCACAAAGUCAAAGCCCAGUGUUCGUCCAAAACCCAACCCUCCAGCCAGGAGACUCCCUCGUCCACCUUCACGCUCUCCUUUCCACUUGUCAUGGCUGGCCGACAGCGUCAGAGAUCAGAGAAACAGCCGACUGGACCUCAUCUUUGGAGUCAACGAGCGUCGCUGUGGGGCAAAGCCCGCCUACGGCAGAGAGGUUCUGGACUUCCUGACUUUCCUCCCUGGUCCUCAUCCAUCUCCAGCAGCUCUGAAGGCUGAGGGAGAGUGGGGUCGCUCGGGCCACAGCAGCUGUUUGUAUGCUCAGCGGCAAAACAAGGAUAACUUCUGGGUCCAGAGUCCUACUUUAAGAGAGGCUAUCAGCAGCAUUGAGGAACGUCUGGAGCUCCUCAAUGAAAUAAUAGAGCGGUUUGUGUUUGCGAUUCCUCCAGUGGAGGCUCCUCCCAUCUCCAUGCACUGUUGCCACCCGCCUCCGUCUCUGAGUCACAAACAGGCCGUCUUCUCCUCCACACUGUCGGCUCAAGUGGCUCCGCUCACUCGCAGCCUCCAUCACAUCCAGUGCAACAUGAGGACUCAGUUCCCCGACCUGAGGCUCAUACAAUAUGACUGUGGUAAACUUCAGACUCUCCACACUUUACUGCGGAAGCUGAAGUCUGGAGGCCACAGAGUCCUGAUCUUCACUCAGAUGACGCGCAUGUUGGACGUGCUGGAGCAGUUCCUGAACUACCACGGGCACAUCUACCUCCGACUGGAUGGCAGCACCCGUGUGGAGCAGAGACAGGCCCUCAUGGAGCGCUUCAACGCAGAUCGACGCAUCUUCUGCUUCAUUCUAUCAACCCGCAGCGGGGGUGUGGGGGUGAACCUGACGGGGGCCGACACGGUCGUCUUCUACGACAGUGACUGGAAUCCCACCAUGGAUGCACAGGCCCAGGACCGCUGCCACCGCAUCGGCCAGACCCGAGACGUCCACAUCUACAGGUUAAUCAGCGAGCGCACAGUGGAGGAAAACAUUCUGAAGAAAGCCAACCAGAAAAGGAUGCUGGGAGAUAUGGCGAUCGAAGGCGGGAACUUCACCACAGCUUUCUUCAAGGAGCAAACGAUCCGAGAGCUGUUUGACGUCAACGACGGGGAGAAGCGGGAGGUGGCGGUGGAGCUGUCUGUGCCUCCGGCUGAAGAUGAAGAAGGUGUCAACAAGCAGAGCACCACCAUUCUGGAGCAGGCUCUGUGUCGAGCUGAGGAUGAGGAGGACAUCGUGGCAGCCUCUCAGGCCAAAGCAGAGCAGGUGGCGGAGCUGGCAGAGUUUAACGAGAACAUCCCGCUGGAUGACGGAGGGGAGCAGGAGGAGGUGGAGGAGCUCUCCAAGGCUGAGCAGGAAAUAGCUGCUCUGGUGGAACAGCUCACUCCCAUCGAACGCUACGCCAUGAACUUCCUGGAAGCCUCUUUAGAAGACGUCUGCAAAGAGGAGCUGAAGCAGGCUGAGGAGCAGGUGGAAGCUGCCAGAAAAGGUCUGGACCAGGCCAAGGAGGAGGGGCUCAUGCUCCACCCCGCCUCCGACGAAGACGACGACGACUUCCUGUCGACGCCGGCUUCCUCUGAACCCACUCAGCCAGCUCCUGCCCGGCGUGGACGCAAACCCAAGGACAAGACGCUCACCUCCACGAGGACCAGCGGUCGACUCCGUGGAGCGUCGCCGGAACCCGAGCCCGAGCCAAGAGAAGUUCCCGAGAGACUCCGGCGAGGACGAGGAGCCGCCAAAGACGCCGCCGCAUCUCCAGCCACGUCCCGAACAGAUCUGAAAAAUCUAAACAGACCUCAGGAAACCUCCACAACUUUAAAGGCCUCGUCUCCCAUCAGAGACCAGACCACGAAGACCAGGACUCAACCGACCCGCUCCCAUCCCGGCCCCUCGCCUUCAUCUCCGACGAGCUGCCCUCCUGCAGGGAAACAGCCAGGCGAGGAGGAGACAGAGAGGAGGAUGUCCGAGUCCUCGUUAGACUCCAGCUGUGCAGCGGACCAUCUGAACAGAGAUGAGGACAGUAAAGACCACAGCCCCAUGUCCCCCACCUCCACUUCCCGCUCACCUCGCAAACGCCAGUCAGCUGACGACGAGGUGCUGCGGGGCCUGACCGACGACUCCCCGUCCGCCAAAGUCCUGCGGAAACUUCCAGGGAGGCUGGUCACCGUGGUGGAGGAGAAGGAGCCACGGAGAAGGAGACUGAGAGGAAGUGGAUGUUCCUCCGAGGAGGCGACACCUGAGGAGAACGCUGCUGAAGCUACAGACGAGCCAAACAGAGACCCCUUUACGCUAACUCCAGACGAAAAGACUAAAGUCACCCCCGAGGACCAGGACUCUACCCCGAGUUCAUCCAUGCACCUGCAUCCGGUCCGAGGCUACCCUCCUUACUCCCCUCCACACCUCUCCCCCGACAUGCCCGUCCUCAGGAACCUUCCUGUGCGCCGCAGGCUGGAAACUGAGUCUCGUCUGGCCGCUCAGCUCGGGGAGCAGCAGCUCCUGGGUCGAGGGAGAGGAGCGACUCAACCCAAGAAAACUGAACCGAUGCCAGGCAAAGACGCCACUGCAGCUUCCACAGAGUCCAGCGUUAAUUCUCCUCCUGUGCCUAUAAAAAGGAAAAGGGGCCGGCCCCCUAAAAUUGUUACUUUGGCAAUGGAGCCUGUUAGUAGAAUGACUCUGCCCACCUCACAGAGAGAGGAUGGGACACUCCCUCAAUCACCGAAACGUAAGAGGGGUCGUCCCCGCAAGGACUCGACAGUUACAGCCGAUACUUCUGGAGAAGUACAGAGUUCUGGUACAAACGCAGCACAAACAGUCCCACCAGAGACCCCAACAGGUCCGGACUCCCAGCCCACCAGAGCUGAGCAAACACCAGCUCAGACCUCUGUGACAAACGCAGAUCAACCUUAUCCUGUUCCUCCCUCAGCAGCAGCAGCAUCCAUCCAUGUUAGUUCUGGUCCAGAUCCGAGCCUGAACCCGCCUCCUGCCCCUCAGUCCACAUCUGCCACAGCUCCACCCGUCUCAUCAACGUCUGAGCCCCAAACAUCCACAGCUGCUGCAGAGCCGAACUCCUCCGCUUCCACAACUGUGAGACCAACAGAACCGGACUCUGACAGACCCACAACAGCUGCCGUGUCGCCCCCCUCAGCAGCAACCGCCACUACAACAGAAAGUUUCACCACUACAGAAGAAUCAGAAGCUCCUGCUGCACCAGCUUCAACUUCCACUCCACCUGCCGGCCAGGAGGACGCAGCCUCAACCAGCCCGACUCUGAGUCCAGAACAAAACCCAGCAAACAUCACAACUCCAGUAAAAACAGCCCAGACAAGUCCAUCAAACCCCAACCAAGCUUCUGCUGCACCUCCUGCUCAAAUCACAGCCCUGAUCCAGUCGGUCUCAGCAGAACCACAAGCUCAGGUACCACCAGAGUCUGAAAGGUCUCCAGAAGAACCUGCUGCUCCACCCAGUCCAACCACAUCAGCCCCAACACAGGAAGUCAGCCUAACUUCAUCUACACCCGUCAUGGCUGCAGAGACGACCAGUGAGACCCCAAUGUUAGGAGCAACUUCUACAGAACCUCCUUCAGAGGCUACAACUUCUACAGAACCUCCUUCAGAGGCUACAACUUCUACUGAACCUCCUUCAGAGGCUACAACCUCUAAAGAGCCUCCUUCAGAGGCUACAACCUCUAAAGAGCUUUCUUCGGAGGCUACAACCUCUAAAGAACCUCCUUCGGAGGCUACAAUUUCUACAGAGCCUCCUUCGGAGGCUACAAUUUCUACAGAGCCUCCUUCGGAGGCUACAAUUUCUACAGAGCCUCCUUCGGAGGCUACAACUUCUAAAGAACCUCCUUCAGAGGCUACAUUUUCUUCAGAAGCUCCUUCGGAGGCUACACUUUCUACAGAAGCUCCUUCAGAGGCUAUAACCUCAACAGAACCUCCAGAGGCUACGCUUUCUACAGAGCCUCCUUCAGAGGCUGCAACUUCUAAAGAACAUCCUUUGGAGACUACACUUUCUUCAGAACCUCCUUCAGAGGCUACAACUUCAAAAGAACCUCCUUCAGACACUACAACUUCUUCAAAACCUCCUUCAAUGGCUACAACUUCUACCAAACAUCCUUUAGCAACUAAAUCUACAUCAACCCCAAAGGAACCACUUCCACCUGCUACUCAAACCUCGACAGACUCCACACAGGAACAGAACUCUGCAUCCACUGGUGUUUGUGAAGGAACCACAGAACCAGGUCACACUGAGGCUCCACCAAAGACCGCCACACCUGCAGGUUCAUCAGAGAAAAAACAUUUAGCGCAGAAAGGCGACACUGAUGCAGAAAUGGAAGUAGACUCUGUGGAAAAUUCCAACAAGGAGAAAGAGAAGCAAGAAGUGGUGAAGUCGCAGCCUAAAAGGAGGAAAGUUGAGAGUUCCUCUGAGACGAAAGAGUCUGGCAAGGACAAAGGAGGAGAAAGAAAACCCGCUCAGCAGAAAGAGAAAGCCACUGAAGAUCAGAAAGCUCCGAGUCAGAAGAGAUCCCUCAGCCGGCAGAGCAGUCAGGAGUCGGUGCGCUCCUCUUCGCCGUCAUCUGGGAGCUCCUCAUCGACCCUCACACGGCACGCUCACCAUAAAAGGACUUACGAGAACCGAAAUCCUGCCAAGAGGCGGCGGACUGAGGUCACUUCUGGGGGAACGGAGGAGCAGGAGCAGCAGGAGAAGAAAAAGGAGGCUGCAGAGAAGGAAACUGACGUUUCAUCUCGCAGGAGGAGUUCGAGGUCCUCCUCUUCCUCGUCUGACUCUGACCGCAGCGAGAGCAGGAAGCGGCUGACGCGCUCCGCCCAGCGCCGCCUGCAGGACCAGGAGAAGGAACAGAGCAACAAGGACAGGAAGGGAGUGAAAGCAGCACAUGGUUCAGACAAGAACCCCUCAAACAACUCCAACAUGUCCACGGGGGGAGAGUCGGGCAGCGACACGUCUUCAGUUCGGCUCACGAGGAAGUCUGCAGGGCCUCAGCCCCCGCAGGACCCCAAACCUCCGGUGAACAGCACCCCAGCUCUGCCUCCUGAGCCUGAGGUUCUGGGGAAACGGUGCUCCGCUCUGAACGCAGCGGCCAAGCUCCUAGCCAUGAAAGGCAGGGUGGACACUCCGGGACACACGCCUCGGAAAGACUCUGGAGCCAAGUCUGGAUCUGACAAGAACCAAAAACCUAAAAGUGUCCCCGCCUCUCCUCAGAGCAACUCUGUCAAUCCAAGUAACAAUAAGAAUAAGAGCAGCAAACCGUCUCCACAAGAUCAGACGAGCCGCUCCGCACCUCGCUCCACCAGGCAGUGCCCCGGCGCCCUGGUUCCUCCACUGGAGGAGUACAAGAGGCCCAAACCGGAGGACAAGGACGGCGGCGGCAAGAAGACUUCGAGAGGGAAGGAGGGCGAGGCAGAAACGCGGUCUUCGUCGCGGGGCCACAGUGCCUGCAGCAGCAUGAGCAGCGACGGCGAGGGCGACUGUGGCGGGCGCAGCAGCCGGAGCCGCAGCAGCAGCAACAGCAGCCAGCGAACCCGCAGCAUCAGCUCCCAGAACACGGAGCGCCGCGAUUCCCACACAGCCUCCUCCGGCAGCGAACGGGACCGCAGCUCCGAGCGGGCCAAGGGCGGCGACUGCAGCCAGAACCGAAAGGACGGCAGGAGGUCCCUGAAGCUCCCGCAGGAGGUGACCAGCAGCUCGGGAACCGAGGGGACCCCGGACAGGGUGCUGCGAAGCGUGGCAGCGCUGGCGGCGGUUCAGGCGCGCUCCCCCGCCGCGAGCACCCGCUCCUCAUCCAACCAACAACGCAACAAAACCUGAUCAGUGCCAAAGAUAAAAAAAAAACUAAAGCGAAGCGAGUGUGUUGCAGAGCACGAUCCAAGAACACGACCUCUGCUGCAGAAGUCCCACGCGGAGCUGGUCUCACCAGCUCAGACUGCUGGCUGGAGGCUCCGAGAUGACGGUAGAAACAGAGGUGGAGUUACCCGGACAUUUGGCGUAAAGUACUGUAAAACGGAGACGGGACCUGACCGUUCAAACCUUCAAGUGAGCCGUGGUGUUUAAGAAGUUGUCAGCUGCCCUGACUCGUUUCCUGUAGUCAGUCGAUAAGUUAUGCACAUUUUUAUUUCUUCUUCCAGGGUUGUGGGAAGAGAACAGGUCUGUCAGCGUGCUGGAGCCCCUUUUAUUUUAUUUUUCUCCACAUCAUUUUCUGCUUAUUGGAUUUAUUAAAAAAUCCAGCCUUGCAUUUCUCAUUUUGCACAAAGAAGUGACCCUUUUUUUGCUUUUUUUUUUCUUGAGUACCUUUUGAUGUAGUGAUACGUUUGUACAUCAAUUAAUUGGUUCUCGGUGUCUUGCAGUGUAUCUCUACAGCUUGGAAAACAAAACAAAAAAGGAGUAUUAAUUGAACUUGAACAUGGUCUUUGAGACAUUAAAUCUUUUCUCCAAACAAGACAGUUUAAGUCACAUAUUUAUAUUAAAAAAAAGGUCUGAUAAGAGUCUGAAACACCAGACGCUGUGGUGUUGAGCUUCUCAGAAUUUAAAACGCAUCCUCUUCAUUAGUGCUAACAAAUUAUUUUUGUUUUGUCACCAUGUAAAAAAAAAUUAAAUCAAAUGCUUGGAUAAAAUGUGAAUAAAAUGAGUGGUACAGCUCCAGAUGAUGUAAAUUGUCAGUUUAAUUUUGGCAGACAGAGGUGACCGUCUUAUUAUUUACUAUUUGUCUCUUUAUUGUUGCAUUCCUUUUUUUGAUUCCUUGUAAUUCCACGUUGUUUUACUUGAGAAUUACCAAGAUUACAGUUAAAUAAAAAGACCAAAAGUGA